CCAGCCCACACCCUUCACACUUGACCACACUGCCGCCGCAGCCCGACGCCGGCGAGCCGCCCACCCACUCUCUCCUCUCCACUAUGGCGGCGGCCGCGAGGUGCGCUUCCGCGGCGCGCUCCCCUCUCCUCAUCCACCAACACCGCCGCGUCCCCAAGGUGCCGUCCGGCGGGGGAGGCUCGCUCCGUGUGGGUGGGGCCGGGAUUGGGGCCGGACGCGGACGGGAGGGGCGGAGGCGGGCCCAGGUCGGGGUCAGGGUUUUCGCGCGCUACUCCCAGGCCCAGGACUUAUCCACGCGCCUCCAAGAUAGAGUUGGUGAGUUACCUAAAUUAGUCGAGGACCUUCUCCAGACAUCAAUUAGCACAGGACCUCGAGGUGCUUUCAGGAUGGCGCAAGGGAUCCAAGCUGUGCUUGGGGUUGGUGGGGAGUGGCUGAAUGACCUCUCAAAGACAGCUAAUGCAUCAGCAGGAAUUCCAGCUCAGAUGCAGCUUGGUUUGCUUUCUCCCCUUUACCUUAGAAGACUUUUUGAGCGCAUGGGUGCAACUUAUAUCAAGCUAGGCCAGUUCAUAGCAUCUGCACCAACUUUGUUUCCUGCAGAAUAUGUCGAGGAAUUCCAGAACUGCUUUGACCGAGCACCAGCUGUCCCAUAUGACGUGAUUGAGUCAAUAUUGCGUGAGGAGUUGCAGCGGCCAUUAGAUAGUGUAUAUGAAUACAUCGAUCAUGUGCCAAUAGCCUCUGCCUCAAUUGCACAGGUUCAUGGGGCUAGGUUGAAGAGUUCUCAGAAGGAUGUGGUGAUUAAAGUUCUAAAGCCUGGUAUUGAAGACACUUUGGUCGCUGAUCUGAAUUUUAUCUAUGUUGUUGCACGCAUUUUGGAGUUCUUGAACCCUGAGCUACAGAGGACAUCACUGGUAGGCAUUGUCAAGGAUAUAAAGGAAUCAAUGCUUGAAGAAGUUGAUUUUAGAAAAGAGGCUGCAAAUAUUCAGGCUUUUCAGGGAUACAUAGAUGCUAUGGGAUUUGACAGGCAGGCAAAAGCCCCAUUUGUGUAUCAACACUGUAGCACAAAACGUGUGUUGACUAUGGAAAGAUUGUACGGAGUUCCGCUUACUGACCUUGAUUCUAUAAGGUCUCUUGUUCCUGAUCCUGAGUUGACUUUAGUCACUGCCCUUAAUGUCUGGUUUGGAAGCUUGAUUUCGUGUGAAUCCUUCCAUGCCGAUGUGCAUGCUGGGAACCUUUGGUUGCUCCGUGAUGGGCGAAUUGGUUUCAUUGAUUUCGGUAUUGUUGGUCGCAUAUCUCCAAGGACUUGGGCUGCUAUGGAGGUCUUCUUGGCUUCUUUCGCAGCUGAGGAUUAUGAUGCUAUGGCCUCUGCCCUUUCUGAAAUGGGUGCUACAGGGAAUGAUAUAAAUAUUGAUGAAUUUGCAAAGGACUUGCGAAAGAUAUUCUCAUCAAUACAGGACUUGGAUACUGAAAUCAUAGUCGCAGCAGCAAGAGGUCCUGAUGCUACAGCUGUAUCUGCUAAUGUUGUCCUUGAUGAGAGACAGAUGAAUGCUCUGUUUCUUGAUCUGGUGAGAGUUAGCGAGUCUUACGGGCUGAAAUUUCCCCGGGAAUUCGCUCUUCUCAUGAAGCAGCUACUGUAUUUUGAUCGCUACACAAGGUUGUUAGCUCCCAGCAUGAACAUGCUUCGAGAUGAGAGAAUCAACAUCUCCACCGAUCGGCAACCCAGAAGAACGGAUCGAUUUCAAUGAGGCCACUUCAUUAAUCGUUAGCAAUAUACUAGAGUUCUUUUGUGAUUGGGUGAUAUUAGCAAGCUCAUGUAACCAAGACACUGUAUAUAGUUUUGCCAAUAGAAAUGGACCACACAUGACACAUCAGAAAAUCUUGUACACUUGUUAGUGUCAGAGAAUUUGGCUUAUACCAUAGCAACUAGGCAGCAUGUUAAAUAUGUAUGUAUGUCACGAUCCAGUAGACUGAGUUUUUAAAUAUAUAUGCUAUACUAGUAGAGCCAGAGUCAAGUUAAGAUGCAGCUGUACUGCAGGCAACUGUCAACAGAGAAAA